GCGUGCAGCGGGCUGGGCGCUCCAGGCAUGCCCAACAUGUUCGGCACCAGUGGGGCAGGCAGCAGCGGCGGCUGCAACGUCACGUUCACGAGGCCGACGAAUGCAGCUGGGGUGGAUCGCCACAGCACCCUGACCUUCGGCAACAGCAGCGCUGGGGCUCCAGGAACUUCACCGACGUCCAGCUUCACUCCGAUCGCGGAUAGGACUGCCGACGCCUCUCCGAUCUCGGGCAGUGCUGCCGACUCCCCUCCGAUCGUUGGCGUCGUCGGCGGUGCUGCUGCUGCUGGCGAGGACGGCGUCGAGGACUUCGAGCGUGCGAUCGUGCAGGCCGCGGAGUCGGCCAGGGCCGCAUCCAAGGCCAAAGGGAAGGCCAAGGCAAAGGGCAGGGCGAAGGCCAAGGCCAAGGCCAAAACCAAGGUCGCGCCGACGCCCAUUGCUCGGCGCCACAACCUUGACUUCUCCGAUUGGCUGAAGCCUGCCGACGCCAAGACCCGCAACGAGAACGCCUUCACGAGCCGUGCUUACGACGCGGCGAAGAGGAUGGCGGUCGCCGCUGGGAAGUCAAAUGUCGACGCCAGGGCCAUCGCCAAGGAGGCGUACCAUCGCGCCAAGCUG